AUGCUGCUGCUUAUGGUGUCGCCAUUUAUGUUGCUGCCACUGGUAUCAUACAAUGCUCCAAUUGAUGAAUGUGUUGCUAGUGACCGCCUUCAUAUUGUUCACAAGUAUUAUCAGCCAGGAGAUCUCAUCAUUGGCGGUGUAAUUUCUCAGAUCUACACAUUUUCCAGACUUAUAACCUUCAAAGAACGUCCCUCUGAUGCACUCUUUGAUGAGCUAGUUUAUUUUCUUGCAAGCUGGACCUAUCUUGCCUCAAUAAAACUUCUCUCCACACAAGGAAAGUUUGUUGCUAAUUACAAGUGUGAUGUCGAAAAUAAUCUAAUAGCUGCCAUUGGAGGACCUAACUCUGAUAUUUCUCUCUUCAUGGCAAGCAUUCUGUGCAUGUAUAAGAUUCCACAGAUCAUAUAUGGUUGUUCUCCAGUCAUUAACAGCAGAACCCAAGGACAUUUCUAUCACCAGAUGUUUCCAAGUGGGACCUUGCAAUAUAGUGGAAUUCUUCAGUUGCUUCUGUUUUUUGGAUGGAAAUGGAUUGGGGUGAUGUUUGUAGAUGAUGAUAAUGGAGAGGAGUUUGUACAGAAUCUGCUUCCAAUAUUUUAUGACAGUGGUAUCUGCUUUGACUUCAAAGAAGCCUUACCAAGAACAACAUUUUCCAGUACCAUUGAAGAUACUGUAGACACGUGGCUUGAAACACAUAUGGUUAUCUUGAGAAGCACGGCCAGUGUUAUACUCUUCCACGGUGAAAUUCAGACCAUGAUAUUUUUGAGAAUAUUUUCCCAGAUUCCAGAAUUUCUCUACAUUCCAACGAAAACCAAAGGUAAAGUCUGGAUUUUGACAGCCCAGAUGGAUUUCACAUCACUUCCCUUUCAAAGAAGUUGGGACAUAAAGUUCAUCCAUGGUGCUUUAUCCGUUUCAAUUCACUCAAAGGAUGUGUUUGGAUUCCAGAAAUUUCUUCAGACAAGAAACCCCACCUCAGAAAAUGAAGAUGGGUUUAUCAGGGAUGUCUGGCAAAGUGCAUUUGAAUGUUCUUUUCCUAGCACUCUCAAUUUAGAUAGAACAUUUGAGAAAACCUGCACUGGAGACGAGACGUUGGAGAACCUUCCAGGGUCUGUUUUUGAAAUGAGCAUGACUGUUCAUAGUUACAGCAUCUACAAUGCUGUCUAUGCUGUGGCACAUGCUCUGCAAUCCAUGCAAUCAUCAAAAUUCAAAUACACAAAAAUGGCAGAUGGUCAAAAUCAGAAGCUUCUGAAUCAAGAACUGUGGCAGCUCCACCACUAUCUAAGAAGUGUCUCAUUCAAUAACUCUGCUGGAGAAAAAGUUUCCUUUGACCAAAAGGGAGAAUUAGUAUCUGGAUUUGAUAUUAUCAACUGGGUCACAUUCCCAAACCAGUCCUUCCUUAGAGUCAAAGUUGGAAAGAUAGACCCCUUUGCUCCACUAGACAAACAAUUUACCAUUUCUGUGGAUGCCAUGAUAUGGCCCAGCUUGUUUAAUGAGGUACAACCUCUUUCUCUGUGUAAUGACAAUUGCCAUUCUGGUUAUAGAAAGACAAAAAAAGAAGGGAAGCCAUUUUGCUGCUACAAUUGCCUUCCAUGCCCACCUGGGAAAAUUUCAAACAAGAUUGACAUGGACGACUGCUGCCAAUGUCCAGAAGGUUAUUACCCAAACCAUUACCAGGAUUUAUGCAUGCCAAAAGAUAUACACUUCUUAUCAUAUGAACAACCCUUAGGAAUCAGUUUGGCAAUAUCUUCUCUGUCAUUUUCUUUCAUGACAUUUUUAGUGCUUGGGAUCUUCAUUAAGCACCACGACACUCCAAUUGUCAAAGCCAACAACCAGAAUCUCACUUAUGCACUCCUUGUAUCCUUACUGCUCUCCUUCCUUUGUGUUUUCCUAUUCAUUGGUCGACCUGACAAGGUGACAUGCCUGUUUCAACAAACUGCUUUUGGCAUCAUCUUUUCAGUGGCAGUUUCCUGUGUGUUGGCCAAGACAAUCACUGUGGUUCUUGCUUUCAUGGCCACCAAACCAGGGUCCAUAAUGAGGAAAUGGAUAGGGAGAAGUCUCGUAGCCUUCAUAGUUUCCCCCUGCUCCCUUAUCCAAGCUGCUAUUUGUACUGUGUGGUUGGCAAGUUCUCCUCCAUUUCCAGAUUUCGACAUGCACUCAAUGGCUGAAGAAAUUGUGCUACAAUGCAAUGAAGGUUCUCCUAUAAUGUUUUUCUCUGUCUUGGGCUUUAUGGGUUUCCUGGCUAUUCUCAGUUUCAAUGUGGCUUUUCUAGCCAGGAAGUUACCUGACAGUUUUAAUGAAGCCAAGUUCAUCACCUUCAGCAUGUUGGUCUUCUGCAGUGUCUGGCUGUCCUUUGUUCCAACUUACCUGAGUACAAAAGGAAAAUACAUGGUAGCUGUGGAGAUCUUCUCCAUCUUAGCAUCCAGUGCUGGAUUACUGUGUGGUAUCUUUCCCCCCAAAUGCUAUAUCAUUUUGCUGAGGCCCACCUUAAACAGUAAAGUGCAGCUAUUAAAGGGAAAGCAUUGA